AUGACUUUAACCGAACCGGUGACAAACAAUGAAAAUGUUGAAAGCAGAAGAAUAUUUUGUAAAAGUAUCCGGUACUAUUUUCGAGAAUAUGCAACUUGUUCCAGUAUACACGGUUUUCGGUAUUUUGGAGAAAAACGUACUUAUUUGGAAAGAAUUUGGUGGUUCAUAGUUUUCAGUACGGUUUUCGCAAUUUGCGUCUACCAAAUCAAAGAAGUUUAUCACAAGUGGGAAAUUAGUCCCGUAAUAGUCAGUUUCGACACUAGUGAAACUCCUAUACACAGUAUACCGUUUCCAGCCGUAACGAUUUGUCCCGAAUCUAAAAGUAACCAGUCUUUGUAUAAUCAUACGGAUAUUAUUGUGAAGAUUCAGGAAGCUAAAAGGAGAAAUUUGGAUUUGAAUCUUACGGAUGCGCAGCAAACUCAUGCGUUGUAUAUGAGCAUGAUUUGUGAUAUUAAUAAAAGGGUUGGCAAGACUAUGCAUACUUUUCCGGAGGAUUUUUAUACGUUUUUAGAUGAGGUCAAUAGUAAAAACAUAUUUCGAUCUUGUUCCUGGAUGGGAGAACAACUAAGCCCUUGUGAAGACUAUUUUAUCCCAAUUAUCACUGACGAAGGCAUUUGCUACACAUUCAACAUGUUGGACAGAGAAGAUUUAUUCAGAGACACUGUAAUCCAUCAUAGUAAUUUUUUGAUCAACCCUUAUCGACAAAAACUCACUUGGAAUCUAGACAAGGGCUAUUUGGACUACAAAACCAACUCUUACCCAAAAAGAGCAAAAUUUCCUGGAGUUAACAACGCUUUGGAAGUGACUAUGGUCACUCAUAAAAACGACAUGGAUCCGUUAUGUAAAAAUUCCUUGCAAGGAUUCAGAGUCGUUUUGCAUAUACCGUUAAGAAUUCCUAGACCUAAAAAUCAGUACUUUAGGGUACCGUUAAACGAAGCUGUUUUAGGCCAGAUUCAACCUCAAAUGAUGUCCACCUCUGAAGCUGUCCAAGUUUAUCAUCCAAAAAGACGCCAAUGCUAUUUUCCAAACGAAAGAUAUUUAAAGUAUUUCAAGAUUUAUACGCAAAAUAAUUGCCAGCUGGAAUGUUUGACUAAUUUCACUUUGGAUAGGUGCAAUUGUGUUAAUUUUUUUAUGCCAAGAGAAAAUGGUACUGUUAUAUGUGGCGCUUCUAGAAAACCCUGCAUGAUUUUAGUGGAAAAAUUUCUUCAAGUUACUGAUUUAGUAAGAUCGAUAGACGAAUUAGUUAAGAGCAAAUCGAAAUCUAAAUCAGCUAAUAAAACUGAAUCAAUAGAAGAACAAAAUAGAAAUAAAAGGCAAGCCAAUGAUAAGGCACCACAUUGUGAUUGUAUGCCAAUUUGUUCAGAUUUAUCUUACGCUGUUGAAACUUCUCAAGUAAAAUGGGAUUGGAAAGAAAAAUUUAGCGUUUUGCAUCCUAGAACGAAUACAGAAAAAAUGCACAUGUCGAAAUUGGUACUCUACUUUAGACAAUCACAGUUUGUAACUUCGAAAAGACACGAGCUUUAUGGGCCAACAGAUUUUUUGGCUAAUUUUGGCGGUUUAUUGGGACUUUUCACAGGAUUUUCGGUUUUAUCCAUCAUGGAGAUUAUUUAUUUUUUGACCAUACGCUUAUGCUGCAACGUUAGUUUAUAUGGUAGAUGUACGGUGAUGGUAACCUUUUUGACCGGCACGAGCGACAGUAAAUGA